AUGGCUUCUCCGCCUUACGCAACCUCUCCAUCGGGAAUGUCACCGCCCUACCCAUCACCCGCUCAAAUCCCCAACAAGAAGCGCCCAUCAACCCUCGACGGCUCCGCGCCUCCACUCAAGCGCCGCAAGCCCUCCCAAACCUCCGUCUCAACCAGCUCCGCCGCCCAUCCUCUCCGCCAAACGUCCUUUCCCCCCGAAGCACGAUCUCCAUUCCCGCGCUCUCCAUCCGUCGAUGCUCAGUCGCAUGUGAGCGGCAGCGCAGUCAGCACGACAGCCAGCGGAGCGCCGAAGAAGAAACGCGGCCGCAAGGCAAAGAACGCCAAGCCAGAUGAUGCUCGUGAACAAACGCCCAGUCUCGUUGGAGGACGGGCACCUACUGCUGUGAGCGGACAGGGUGGUGAGAAGGAGGAUGACGAUGAGGACGAUGAGAAGGCUGAGAUGGCGCUUGAGGAUGUCGUUGCGAGAACGCAGGAGCAGAAGCAGGAGGAGAUUCGACUGAGAGCUAUGCUUGUUGAGGCUUUUGAUUCUCAGCAGUAUAACCGAUACGAGCUCUGGCGUGCGGCUAAAUUAGCCGAUAGUGUCGUCAAACGAGUUGUCAACGCUACGGUUUCUCAAUCGGUUCCGCAGAACGUUAGCACAGCCGUCAAAGCCGUCGCCAAGCUCUUCGCUGGUGAGAUCAUCGAAGCCGCUCGCAAUGUGCAAGGAGAAUGGAUCCACGCUGGAGAGAAGCAGAGCGAACUACCUACGCCUCCCCCGUCGACAAAUGAUGACCCUGCCGCAGCAGAGGAAGAGAUUGAUCUCAAGCGCGGCCCUCUACGGCCCGAUCAUCUACGCGAGGCCUGGCGUCGCUACAGGCUAUCCGGAGAGAGCCGUGGUGUAGGGGUGCAGCAACUCUGGCAUGCCCAGCAGGGCGAUGGAGUUGAGCGCUUUUCAACCCGUACAGGGAAGCGACUUUUCAAGUAA